UGAGGGUGUGCAGCACCCCUGGGGUGCCCACGGAGGUGCAGCACUGCUGGUACUCACUCUUAAGUCACCUGCCCUGGAGUGGAUCCGAGGGACGGGUCCUGGCACCGGGAUGCUGCUCCUCCUGUGGUGGUUUUCUUGUAAAACAGGGACAGUGAGGGAGGCUGGAGAAUGGCAAAUCAGCUGAGCCAGGCACAGGACGGACCCUCCACGACUUUCUCUCACCAGGAAAUUCCUACCUUAAAAAAAAAACCAUUUCUGUCCCCAAGUACUGCAAACAACCAAGAGGAGUGGCCUGAUGUCCUGCAGCGCCCAGCCGUGGGGGACCCUCAGUGUGGGGCCAUGCCCAGCCGGUCCGGGAGGCCAGUUUUGGGGCUGGUCGAUGGGGUCAGCCCUGCCUUCCUGGAAGGUGUCCUUUGAAACUGCCCAGUAUUUCCUCAAAGGUUUUUCCGGGGAAAGUCCCUGCGGUGCCGUUCCCGUGGCUGGGGCUGCCGCACCGCCUGCUGCCUCCAUAAAACGUCGGGCGGGCAGCGGCAGGCAGCGGCAGGCAGGCACGGGGACGUUGGCACCAUGGGCAACUGGCUGGUCAACCACUGGUUCUCUGCUGCUGUCCUCGCAGCCUGGCUGGGCAUCAACAUCUUCCUCUUCACAUACUACUUUCUGUUCUUUGACCGGGACGAGCGGUAUUUCUACACCAGGGCCAUCCUUGGGUCUGCCUUGGCAUGGGCACGAGCAUCUGCCAAGUGCCUCAACUUCAACAGCAUGCUGAUCCUGCUGCCCGUCUGCCGCAACCUCCUCUCCUUCCUCCGUGGGACCUGCUUGUGCUGCAGGCGGACUCUGCGAAAGCAGCUGGACCACAACCUCACCUUCCACAAGCUGGUGGCCUACACGCUGGCCCUGUUCACAGCUGUGCACACCAUCGCCCACCUCUUCAACCUGGAGCGCUACAACCACAGCCAGCAAGCUACUGACCGCAGCCUCCCCGCCGUCCUCUCUAAGAUGCACCUGCAGGGCAGCGACAAGUGGCUGAACCCCAUCCACUCCAACCAGACGACUGUGGAGUACGUGGCAUUCACCACCAUCCCGGGGCUGACAGGGGUCAUCAUCACACUGGCGCUCAUCCUCAUGGUCACAUCCUCCACCGAGUUCAUCCGCAGGAACUACUUCGAGGUCUUCUGGUACACACACCACCUCUUCCUCAUCUACUUCGCUGGUCUCGUCAUCCACGGCAUCGCCGGGCUGGUGCGCGGGCAGACGGAGGAGAGCAUGGAGAAAGUGCACCCCCAUCGCUGCGCCCAGUAUCUCACGCAGAAGGAAGAGGACUGCAGCCAUGACUGCUGCAAACACCCUGAGUUCGGGAGCAUCCCCGCCGAGUCCUGGAAGUGGGUUCUGGCCCCUGUCCUCCUCUACAUCUUCGAGCGGAUCCUUCGGGUCUGGCGUGCGCAGCAGAAGGUGGUUGUCACCAAGGUGGUCAUGCACCCUGCCCGCGUGCUGGAGCUGCAGAUGCAGAAGAAGGGCUUCUGCAUGGAGGUGGGACAGUACAUCUUUGUCAACUGCCCCGCCAUCUCCCUGCUGGAGUGGCACCCUUUCACCCUCACCUCGGCGCCCGAGGAGGACUUCUUCUCCAUCCAUAUCCGGGCGGCCGGUGACUGGACGGAGCGUCUCAUCGACACUUUCCAGCAGAAUCCAGAGAUGCCCAGGAUCGAGGUGGACGGCCCCUUCGGCACAGCCAGCGAAGAUGUGUUCCAGUACGAGGUGGCCAUGCUGGUGGGAGCGGGCAUUGGCGUCACCCCCUUCGCCUCCAUCCUGAAGUCCAUCUGGUACAAGUUCCAGCAGGCUGACCAGACCCUCAAGACCAAGAAGAUCUACUUCUACUGGCUCUGCCGGGACACGGGAGCCUUCGCCUGGUUCAAUGACCUGCUUGCCUCACUGGAGCAGAAGAUGGCCGAGUCGGGCAAGGCGGAUUUCCUCACCUACAGGCUCUUCCUCACCGGCUGGGACACCAGCAUCGCCAACAACGUGGCGCUCCGCUUCGACACCCCUACGGACACAGUGACGGGCCUCAGGCACAAAACCAUCUUCGGGCGGCCCAUGUGGAACAGCGAGUUUGCGGCAGUGGCUGCAGCUCACCCCAGAUCGGUGGUUGGUGUGUUCCUCUGUGGGCCAGGGGCCUUGGCAAAGAGCCUGCAGAAGUUUUGCCACCAGCACUCCAGCCUGGACCCCAGGAAGGUCAAGUUCUACUUCAACAAGGAGAACUUCUAAGCAGAAGCCAGGCUGGGACCCCAGCGGACAGGGGACCCUGCUGCUCUCGCCUCGCCCCCCAUGGCAGAGGUCUUGGGGGCCAGGGAUAAACAUCUGCUGGAGGGUGCACAAACUGAACCAUGGUGAGACUUGGCAAGCUCAUCCUUCUCCAGGAGAAACUCCAGGUUCAAAGACUGCUGCCUUCUUGGCCUGGUCUACAAUAGGUCCUCGUGGUGGGAGAGGGCCCCCCAUCGAGAAACCAGAGGCAGGUGCUGCGGUGAUGCUGCCGGAGCAGCGGGAAGCAGCAGGAGCGCCCAGCGGGCUGGGCAGAACCACAGGAUGGGGAUGGGGCCGGCCUGCGGGCACGCAGAGCGGGAAUUGGGGGCCAGAUGGGCCCCUCUGAGUUUAAACAGUCCUCAGCC